GCCGCGGGCAGGGCAGCCCCGCCGCGGACGAAAUGUGCUGUGAGAAGUGGAGCCACGUGGCCGAAAUGCUGCUCUUCAUUGAAGACCGCGAGGAGGAGUACAAGAUCCUCUGCCUCUGCUCGCGGGCGUUCGUGGAGGAUCGGAAAUUGUACAACUUGGGGUUAAAAGGCUACUACAUCAGAAGCAGUGGCAAUAAUGCAGGAGACCAAGCUACAGAAGAGGAGGAGGAUGGACAUUCCCAAGGCACCGCAGAAUCAAACAGCAAAGAUGUGAGCCCAGAUGAAAGUGAACUUGAUUCUGAGGCCAAACUCAUGAGAAGUAUGGGAUUGCCAAUUCAGUUUGGAAGAGUGUCUGCACAUGAGAAUUUUGAGGUAUCUAUGAAUACUAGAAACAAAGUUAAAGUAAAACAAAAAAGAAGGAAGCACCAAAAGAAGUACUUGGAUGAAAUGGUACGAGAAUCUUGGAGAAAUGACUAUGAAGAAGAUGAUGUAGUGUCAGAUGAUCCAUCAUUGGUUGAACACUGUGAAAACAACAGAACAUGUGAACUUCAAAGUGAAACAAAUACUGAAACAGAAAGCCUUCCUAUUGAAGAUAUGCAGUCGCCAAAGCUAGAGGUCACAGAGAAUUGGGAAAGGUAUUGGAAUGAAUAUGGAGAAGGGCUGCUGUGGCAAAGCUGGCAGGAAAAACAUCCAGAUCAGACCCUGUCUCCUGAACCUUGGAACCUUGCCGACACAAAGGAGGAAUGGGAGCAGCAUUACAGCCAGCUUUAUUGGUAUUAUUUGGAACAAUUUCGGUAUUGGGAAGCUCAGGGCUGGACUUUUGCCUCCUCCCACAACUGUGAUAUAGAUGGGUAUUACACACCUCAAACAGAGGUUGACAAAAAAGACGAGAGCAGCCUGAAAGUAGACUCAGUGUCUUUUUCGUCUUCGCCUAACACAGUUGAUGAUGAAAGCUCUGGUUCAAAUGAUAAAGAUCAUAAUGAAAUACUUGCUGGGAUUAACAAUAUAAUUCUGAGUUCAGAGGAAGUGGAACAGAGCCAGUUAGAGUCCUCUGUACACUGUGACACUCAGGUGAGCGAGAAUAGCGGUGUCAAAGAGUGUCCUGCGUCUGGAGGAAGAGACGCGGGGAAUGGAGCACCCAAGGAAAGUAACGCAUCUGCAAACGGAAGCACAGACCAGCCAGCUCAAGAAUUGAAGGGGUCUUCAGGAACAAAUGCAAGCCAAGAUCAGGCAGACCCUAACAAGGCUGAUGGAAAUGGGAGUGAUGAUGAUCCGCCUGAUCAUAAGCCCAGCAAAGUUAAGAGAAGCCAUGAGUUGGACAUCGAUGAAAACCCAAAUUCAGAAGUUGAUGACAAUGGUUUCCUUUUAGGAUUCAAGCAUGGCUCAGGACAAAAAUAUGGUGGAAUUCCAAAUUUCAGUCAUCGGCAGGUGAGGUAUCUAGAGAAGAACUUGAAAUACAAGUCAAAGUACCUGGAUAUGCGCAAGCAAAUGUCUGUGAAGAACAAGCACAUCCUGUUCACAGAAGAGUCAGGAAAGCCCCUUCUCAAGAAGAGUCGAGUGCGGAGUAAGGUGGAAAAAUUCCUUAAAUGGAUUAAUGAACCAGUAGAUGAGACCUCACAGGAGUCGCUUUCUCACAACAAAAUGCAAGAGUCUUGCACAAGCAGUGACUCUGAGGAGCAAGACAUGCCCUCGGAGAAAUCUGGUGGCCCAAUGGAGACCAGAGAUCCAGAGCCUGGCAGAGGUCACACCAUCUCGUCAACCAGUGAGCUUGAGGCAGAAAAGAGUGAAGGAGGUUCCCUCACCACUGCCCCGGUGAAGCAGGAUUCUGUAAUGGAAGAAAUAACUAAUUCUCCCCAAGCAGAAACGGGAGUUGAAAUGAAGAAGAAGAAGAAAAAGAAAAAAAAAGGCAAGAACAAAAAAAUAAAUGGUCUGCCACCUGAAAUAGCCUCUGUUCCCGAGCUGGCAAAAUACUGGGCCCAGAGGUACAGGCUCUUCUCUCGUUUCGAUGAUGGGAUCAAGUUAGACAAAGAGGGCUGGUUUUCAGUUACGCCUGAGAAAAUUGCUGAGCAUAUUGCUGGCCGUGUCAGUCAGUCCUUCGAGUGUGACAUCAUAGUGGAUGCUUUCUGUGGAGUUGGAGGAAACACCAUCCAGUUUGCCUUAACAGGGAAAAGAGUGAUUGCCAUUGAUAUCGACCCUGUUAAGAUUGAUCUUGCUCGUAAUAAUGCUGAAGUUUAUGGGAUAGCAGAUAAGAUAGAGUUUAUCUGUGGAGAUUUCCUACUCUUGGCUCCCUGUUUAAAGGCUGAUGUUGUGUUCCUAAGCCCGCCUUGGGGUGGACCAGAUUAUGCUACUGCAGAGAUCUUCGAUAUUAGGACAAUGAUGUUUCCUGAUGGCUUUGAAGUUUUCAGACUUUCUCAGAAGAUUACCAAUAAUAUUGUUUAUUUUCUUCCAAGAAACGCUGAUGUUGACCAGGUGGCAUCCUUGGCUGGUCCUGGAGGGCAAGUAGAAAUAGAGCAGAACUUUCUUAAUAACAAAUUAAAGACGAUCACUGCAUAUUUUGGUGACCUGAUCAGAAGACCAGCCUCUGAAGCUGAUGUGUGAGGACAGCAAGGUCAUGUGGAUUAAGAGUGGCAUCUGAAGAAGAGACGCUUGGGAAGGUCUUCUACG